AUGUCUCUUAAAUUGAACAUUAAGCAGCACCUGAGUGUUCCCUCAGAUCGCGUCAAGUGCAUUGACCUCUUGUGUCACCCGUCGGCGGAACCGUGGAUGUUGUGUGCUCUACACAAUGGUCACGUGCUGAUAAUUAACUAUCAAACUCAACAAAUUGUCGAAGAUUUCGAAGUCUGUGCUAAGCCCGUGCGUUGCGCUAAAUUUAUUGAGCGCAAAAAUUGGAUCGUAACCGGCUCGGAUGAUGGCAUGAUACGAAUCUAUGACGUCAAGUCACUAGCACCGAUACACUCAUUUAAAGGACACUCGGACUUUGUGCGCAGUAUAAUCGUCCAUCCUGAACUACCGUUGCUCUUGACAUGCAGUGACGAUAGUCUCAUCAAACUAUGGAACUGGGACAAGCAAUGGUCCUGCGAUCAAGUUUUUGAAGGCCAUUCGCAUUAUGUAAUGCAGAUUGCCUUUAAUCCCAAAGAUUUUAACACAUUCGCCUCCGCUUCCUUGGAUAAAACUGUAAAGACCUGGCAAUUGGACUCUAACGUGGCAAAUUUAACACUGGAAGGUCAUAAGAAGGGCGUAAAUUGUGUAAAUUACUAUCAUACCCCAACUGAAUCGUUCUUAAUAUCUGGUGGCGAUGAUUAUGUGGUCAAAAUUUGGAAUCCAAAGAACAAUUCGUGUGUUCAAACACUGGGGGGUCAUAGCGACAACGUUACAGCUGUAGCUCUUCACAAGGAAUUACCUAUUGUUUUCACCGGAUCCGAAGAUGGAACUUUUAGGAUUUGGCGCUUGGACAUGGAAAAACAAACACAUUACCUGGAAUCAUGUAUUGAUUAUGGUCUAAAGCGUCUCUGGACCAUUGCCAAUCACUUCAAUAAUGUAGACUUGGCCCUUGGAUUUGAUGAGGGAUCGAUUAUUAUUAAAGUGCAACAGGAAUAA